GAGAGGGAGUGAUGAGACCGCGCUCUCACAACCUAUUAAGUACUUAUCCAUGCCAGGAGAAAAGGUGCAAUGGUCAGAAAUGGACUUGGGAUGGAUACCUCUCUCCAUGUUCCUCAUUUCACCAUGACAGCUGUCUGAGAGGGAUCACCUGCCAUGGAGAGGAAUAACACAACACAAACUCUGGAGCUGGGAGAAUGUGAGCACACAUUGGACACCAGCGGAGCACUGGACAAUUGCACGGAAGCUGCAAGUGGGAACCUGUCUUUACGUUGCUGGCUGCAUUUGUUGACUAAAGAAUCUAGUUCAACACUCCAAGGUGAUGGGUCCAGUUUGGCUGUGCGUGUGAUGAUCGCCUUCGUUUACUCAGUGGUGUGCGCUCUGGGACUUGUAGGGAACUCUCUUGCUCUCUACCUCCUUCACUCACGCUACCGCCAAAAGCAGUCUUCCAUCAACUGUUUUGUGAUGGGUCUGGCUCUAACUGACCUACAGUUUGUCCUCACCCUGCCGUUCUGGGCGGUAGACACGGCGUUGGACUUCCGUUGGCCCUUUGGCAAAGUUAUGUGUAAAAUCAUCAGUUCUGUGACCACUAUGAAUAUGUACGCCAGCGUAUUUUUCUUGACCGCCAUGAGUGUGGCCAGGUACUACUCCAUUGCGUCCUCGCUGAAGAUGCACAGUCGCCGAGCAGCUGCGGUGGCAGCCAAGUGGAUCAGCUUGGGCAUCUGGGUUGUAUCGCUAGUAGCUACACUUCCACACGCGGUGUAUUCGACUAUCGCCCAGGUAGCUACAGACGAGGAGUUGUGCUUGGUGCGCUUUCCUGAAACGGGUAGCUGGGACCCCCAACAGUUGCUCGGACUUUACCAGUUGCAGAAGGUUCUGCUCGGGUUCCUGAUCCCUUUGGUGGUGAUCACCGCCUGCUAUCUCCUGUUGCUCCGAAUUGUGCUAAGCCAAAGAGUCAGUGGCGUAGCCGGUUCCGAAAGCGAGCGGGGACGGCACAAGCAGCGCUCUAAGGUCACUAAAUCGGUCGUGAUAGUAGUCCUGUCAUUCUUUUUGUGUUGGCUCCCCAAUCAGGCGCUGACUCUUUGGGGUGUCUUGAUCAAGUUCGAUCUGAUACCGUUUAGUAAGGCCUUCUACAAUGCCCAGGCAUACGCCUUUCCCCUGACAGUUUGUUUGGCCCACACAAACAGCUGCCUCAAUCCCGUUCUGUACUGCCUGAUUCGUCGCGAAUUCCGCGCCGGCCUCAAAGAGCUGCUGUUGAGUGCCACACCAUCCUUCCGUAGCCUAGCUCGACUGCUCCCACACAAGGCAAAGGUUGCUGAGGCACCCCCUGUACUGGUCCUGGUGCAAAUGGAUGUGUGAGCCGAGCCUUACAGAGCACUCUUCAAGUUUUUGUUUGACAGAGCGAAGCAGGCGUAAGAAAUGUCCUUUGAGAGCUGCACCAGUUUCUCUUACUUUUGCGAAUUACUUUUGGGCAAUUGUUUCUCCAGCCCCCCCCCAAAUUCCCUCCAUGUCUGAUCUGCAAUUGCCAUUUUGCCACCCAUCUCUGGUCUUCAGAUUCACCAGAGAAUUGCAAAGUUCAGGGCCAAUUCACCUUUGUUUUCCUCAUGGCAGAUUAGAAGCACUGUUUAAGGAUUCUUUCCGAGACAUCCUUCAAGGGAACAAUAAAUUAUCCAUUUGUUUUUUAUCAACCUUUGAAGACAGAAGAAAACACUUCAGAGAUGUAGUGGAGGGGUCGAGUCUCAUCUUUUUUUUAUUAGAUAAAAAAUGAAGUCAAUGGUUCAUCCAUCAAUCAUUUCAUCCAUUGUCGGUUAUGAACUUGCGUGCAAUUUGUGUAGAAUCUGAUGAAGUUUCACACUUUGAAUUUGAAUAGUCUUUCACUGUAUUGAAUUAUAAUGUUGUACAGAAGAAAUGCUGAUACUUAUGAAAACUAAUCAAAUAAAAGAACAAACUAUAUAGCUAAUUUACAAUCAAAAGUAAUUUUAUGAGCUUCCACUGACUAAUAAACACUGUGCAAUGGAUUUCUCUUUCAGUUGAUCCUUUUACAAAACUAUUACAAAAUGCUCAGCACAGAAAUGUCAGACACUUUUACAAUCAGGUUGUAAUCAUUAACAUUAGUUAACAACAUAUUUUUCUCAGUUAAUGUUCAUUUUAACAUAAACUAUUAGAUGAAAAAAAAAUUGCAUAAAUUAUUUUUAGGUAAUGUGUUCUGAACUAGCCAUUUUAUUUGUAUUUUUUUUUAUUUUUAUAAAUGAACAUUAACCAAGAUGAAUAAAUGCUGAUAAAAAUAUUGUUCAUCCUCAGUUCAUGAUACUUAAUGCAUUUAUUAAUGUUAACAAAUCGAACCUUCAUGUAAAGUCAUACCAACAUUUCUACAUGUAAUGAAAUGUCUGAUACUAUAUUUGAGCAUUAAAGGCAUUGU